GGCGUCGCGUCUGUGACGUAAUCCCGCGCGACGCACGCACGCAAGCGCGUUUGCGUCAGCGCAGUAGUGCCAGCAUGGCGUUCACUCUGUACGCGCUGAUUCAAACAGCGAUAUUAUUCACUAAUGCCAUUGCAGUGCUCCACGAAGAGAGGUUUCUCAGUAAAAUCGGCUGGGGAGCAGAGCAGAGUAUUGGAGGUUUUGGAGAUGAACCCGGCAUUAAAGCACAACUUCUGAACCUUAUUCGCUCCGUCAGGACUGUCAUGAGAGUACCUCUAAUAGCAGUAAAUGCAGUGUGUAUCGUCUUAUUAUUACUGUUCGGAUGAAGAAAGAAUCGAUGGGUUGCGGUGGAUCAGGAUCUGUUGGGGAACACAGUCAAUCUGGCAAAGGAAAAUGGACUGUUUUUGUAUCUGUGGUUCUAAAUGUUGCUCUCCAAUGUCUGUACCCAGAAUGAUUUACUGUUAGUACUCCGGUAGUUUAAUACGAAACGAAUACCAGUAAACAUUUUUCCUUUUUUAAUUUUGUAACUUUACAGAAGCUCCUGUGUCUGUACAUGCUGUUUUUGUAACAUUCAAGGUGCGGUAAAGUGUUGAUUCCUCAGGCAUUCAUGUGUUUCUUAGAACAAGCAACAAUGAAAUCAAUCAGACGGGUCUGCCAAAGCCAUUCGGAUUGUUUCUGGCACCUGAAUUUUUCCCCUUUUUUUUUCUUUCCUUUUUUAUAGAAAUGUUAAGUUCUCCAAAACUAAUCUUCCAUUUCAAAGACAGCUUGGAAAAAUAAAUGUUGUGUUUAAUAUAUUUAAAGGCCUAUUGAUAAAGUCUUUUUUUAUAAUUUUAAUAAAGAUGUGCUCACUGUACUGAGUUGUAGUGUUAUUAAAAAGAAUUUAAAAUACAACAUCUUUGGUCAGACGUGUCUGAAAUGUUUGACCAAAGUAGCCUCUAGCCUUAUGAGCCAGUCAUUCUACAUUUCAGGUUUUGAUGGAGUGAUUGUGUCUUUCCAUCUGUUAUUAAUGUGUCAAAAUUUUGUGCCUUUUUUUGUUUUAGAAUAAGUGCAUUACACUUCUGAUAAUUUUGCUGC